AUGAACUACAUGACUGAUGUGCUGUUUUCUGUUGUCAGCUGUUUCCUGACUGUUGAUUGUGUAGCACAAUGCAUGUGUGAUGUGGGUUCUGCAGGUCCUGGUUUGCUUUGUGCUCGGGGAAGAUACUGCCCAGCUGGCACAUUAAAUGAGAUCUUAUGUCCACAAGGAACCUUCACCCCACACCAGGGAGCCCUGAGUGUGAAGGACUGUUUAAAGUGUCCACCAGGCUUUUAUUGUCCAGAGGGAACGAGCGACCCGAUGCCCUGUCAGCCGGGCACAUUCAACCCUCUAGAGGGGCAGGAUGCUUUGACAGACUGUAGGCCUUGCUACCCGGGCAAAGCUUGUACCCAAGUAGCAUUGAGGGUUCCUGAUGUGGAUUGCAUGCCAGGGUUUGUAUGUCCACCAGGUUCUGCCCGACCGAAUGACCCAUCCAAUGCCUGCCCUCCUGGUACGCUUAGCAACCGCACGGACCUCACUGACCUCUCCCAAUGCCAGCAUUGCCCUGCACGUUACGCCUGCUUUCGAGGCACAGGUGGCAUCCAAAGACCACCACUCCUCUGCUUUCCUGGGCAUUACUGCCCCACAGGCACUAUGUUCCCAACUCAACACAAGUGUCCUGCCGGCACCUGGAGUGAUCGAAGUGGGCUUGAGUCAGAGAGUGAGUGUCGGCCGUGUCCACGUGGCUGGUACUGCUUAGCGGGUGUGGGCGCCCCCUCUGGGAGAUGCAACUCUGGACAUUAUUGUCCUGAAGGUACGUUGUAUGGCUCACAGUAUCCAUGCCCUCCAGGCACCUACAGCACAAAAAUGGGUAAUGGUGGAAAAGAGGAUUGUCAAGUCUGUCCAGAGGGCUAUUACUGUAAUGAAGGGACAUCUAAAGCGGCGCCCUGUCCACCGGCAACAUUUCGUCGGAUGAAAGGGGGGCAAAGGGCAGAGGAUUGCUUAGUUUGCCCAGCUGGCUACUUUUGUCCUCAUUCAGCCACUAUCAGUCCAAAAGUGUGUGGAACAGGAAGUUACUCUGACGAGGGGUCAGAGGAGUGCCUGCCGUGUUUGCCGGGUCACUACUGCAGCAAUGAAACGACCAGUGCGGAGGCCAUGCUCAGAAUAAUGGUCUGCCCUCCGGGGUUUCUGUGCUCUCAGGGUCUGGAUCGAGAACCCCAGCGCUCAGCAGUAUUCUGCCCAAUAGGGUUUUACUGUCCAGGUGGAAGUGUUGAUCCUAAUCCAGUACCGUGUCCUAAGGGAACGUACAGUCAACAGCCAGGUCUGCGUGACCCUUCAGACUGCACUAAGUGUCCAGAGGGAGAAUACUGCUACACAGAGAAUCCUCAUGAAGAGCCUAUUAUUCAACCAACAGGAAACUGUCCUGAUGGAUACUUCUGCCCUCCUGGCACUGGACAUCCAAUGUCAUUCCCGUGCCAGAUGGGCACCUUCAGAAAUGACUCAUAUGGUCAUAGUGGAGGAGCUUGUGUGGAGUGUCCUUCUGGACACUUCUGUCCCACUCCAGCCACACACACUCCUUCAGUCUGUCCACAGGGUUUUUAUUGUAUUGAGGGAAGCUCAGCACCAGAGCCGUGUGCAGAGGGCACAUAUGGAUCCCGGCCAGGCCUGAGUGAAGUGUCACAUUGCACCCCUUGUAGUGGGGGAAAAUACUGCACAGCACUGGGACGAACUGAGCCUACAGGGAACUGUGAGGGAGGGUUCUAUUGUAGACAUGGAUCUACAAGUCCGGUUCCUCCUGAUGGUCCUGAUGGGGGUGUUUGUCCUGCUGGAAGUUUCUGUCCACCAGGUUCAGUUCACCCACAGCCCUGUCCUCCAGGAACAUACAGUAACAGUACGGGUCUACAACAUCCACAGCAGUGUGUCAGCUGUCCUCCAGGCUAUUUUUGUUUAGGAAAUAACUCCACAUUUCCCACCGGUUCAUGCUUUGCCGGUUAUUACUGCAUUGGAAGUUCAGCCACCCCUAUUCAAUAUGAAGCCGAGGAGGGACACUAUGCCUUAGAAGGAGCCGUGAGGGCUGAACCCUGCCCAAUGGGAACUUUCCAACCUGGAAGAGGCUACAAUUCAUGCAUUGAGUGUCAACUCGGGCGACUGUGCAACAAGUCAGGUCUGUCCCAGCAGCCUCUGUGCCCACCAGGACACUUUUGCCCAGCUGGCACCUUAAUUGCCCAUCCAUGUCCUCCUGGCACAUACACUUCAAGUUCAGGGGCGGAGGAUUUGCAGCAUUGUGGUCCAUGUGAUGCUGGUCAGUAUUGCCACUCUCCAGGAUUAACUGCUCCACAAGGACCAUGCGAACCUGGAUUUUACUGUACUGGUGGAUCCAACACAGGCAGUCCGAUAAGCUCCAGGUAUGGUGAUAUUUGUCCUAUGGGUUAUUACUGUCCAUCAGGCACCAGACACCCACAUGAGUUCCCCUGCCCUCCGGGUACUUGGAGUAAUGCACUGGGGGCUCAGACUGUGUCGUCCUGUUGGCAUUGCCCUGCUGGCUUCUUCUGCAAUAGCUCUGGUCUUAUUCAACCCACUGGAAUAUGUGCUCCAGGGUUUUAUUGUGCGGGCGGUGCUAAGACAGCCAUGCCUGACGAUGGGGUAACGGGAAACAGGUGUCCGGCAGGCUUUUACUGUCCACAGGGCUGCACGUCACCUCUGCAUUGCCCUGAUGGGACGUUUUCAAAUAGCUCAGGUGCUGCAAAAUGCAGUGACUGUCCCCUUGGAUGGCUGUGUCUGGAGGGGGAGGAGCUCCAGUUGUGUCCGAAGGGACAUUAUUGCCUGGGGGGCACUGUGGAGGACAUCCUCCCUUGCCCUCCAGGCACAUACAGCCCCAAAGCAGGACAAAGCCAAGUAGAGCAGUGCUUACUGUGCUCAGCUGGAAUGUACUGUGAAGACUGGGGACUAGUUGAACCCACUGGUCCCUGCCAGGCUGGGUAUUUUUGCCUAGCAGGCAUAAACUUUCAGAAUCCCGAUGCGAAUAUUAGCACGGGUGUAGGUGGUCCUUGUCCCAUUGGGCAUUAUUGUCUGGAGGGCACGGGACUCCCUUCACCCUGCCCGCUGGGCAUGUUUUCGAAUAGUCUUUAUGUAACCAUGAGCUCGGGUUGCAUUGUGUGUCCUCCUGGGAAAUUCUGUGGUUCAGUUGGCUUAAGUAGACCAUCUGGACCUUGCCAAGAAGGUUUCUACUGUCCUGCUGGGUCAACAUCAUCAACAGGAUCUGAUUCUGAAGGUGGACUGUGUCCCCAAGCACACUUCUGUCCCACUGGCAGUGCCACGCCUGUUCCCUGCCCUGCGGGUACUUUUACAAACCUAACAGGCCAGAUUCAAUGCAGUCCAUGUCAUGCUGGAUAUUACUGCCCAGAGAGCACCAGCAAAUACACACUAUUUCCCUGUCCACCUGGAUUUUACUGUCCCGAUGGCACAAAGCACGCCACAGAGUUCCCCUGCCCACGUGGCUAUUACAACCCCGAGCCGAUGACCCACAGUCUGGACAGCUGUCUGCCUUGCCCUCCAGGCCACUACUGUGAGAAAGAGAGACUGUCCACUGUGUCUGGGAAAUGUAAAGCUGGAUGGUUCUGUGUAUCUGCUGCCUGGAACCCUCAACCCUUUGACCUGGACAACUACACUAAUGCAAACUGCCUAUGUCCUGCGUCCUCCACCGGGGGCAGAUGCCAGGCUGGCUUCUACUGCCCAUUAGGGAGCUCUGAGCCUCUACCUUGCCUUCCAGGGGCCUUCUGCAAUGCAACGGGUCUCCCCCUCCCAAGUGGACCAUGUUCUCCUGGGUAUUAUUGUACUGGAGAAGCAACUUCAUCAAAACCUACAGAUGGGAUCACUGGGGAUAUUUGCCCUCCAGGGACAUACUGUGAUGAAGGUUCCAGUGCACCAGAGCCAUGUCCAGCAGGGACUUUCUCACCAUUAGCAGGUCUGGUAAGCCAGGAUCUGUGUCAGACCUGCCGAGAAGGUUACUACUGUGAUACCACAGGUCUUCAAGCUCCUACAGCCCCCUGUAGGCAGGGUUACUGGUGCCUCCCCCGUCAGAAGGAUGGCCUAGCUUUGCCAUGUCUGGUCGGUCAUUACUGUCCCCCAGGAAGUCCUGUCCCAAUUCUUUGUCCUUCUGGGACAUAUCAGGACAAGCAGAAACAAGCAAACUGUACAAUUUGUAAACCAGGUUUUUAUUGUGAUGGGACAUUUGGGGCUACGAAUACAUCUGUCCUGCAGCCUUGUCCAAAGGGACAUUAUUGUCCGCAAGGAACAGGCUAUGCCAAACAAUUUCCAUGCCCAGCGGGCACCUAUAACCCGCACGAGCACACGGAGAGCCAAAGUGCCUGUCUUUUGUGUCCAUCGGGACAUUUCUGUCCGUCUGUGGGACUGGAAGAACCCGCAGGACUGUGUCUGGCUGGUUUCUGGUGCAAACAGGGCUCUCCAUCACCCAGUCCUUUUGGCACUGAAUGUCCACUUGGUCACUACUGCCCUAAAGGCACCACCAAUCCUUUACCUUGUCCGGUGGGCACAUGGUCUAACAGCACAGGACUCAAAAGUGUUGAGGAGUGCCCGCCAUGCCCUGGAGGGUUUUAUUGUGCAUCUACUGGCCUUACUGAGCCCACCGGUCUCUGUUCUGAAGGGUUUUAUUGUGCUGCGAAAGCAGAGACACCCACUCCUACGGAUGGGAUCUCAGGCCAUGUCUGCCCCGAGGGUCAUUAUUGUCCUCCUGGAACCACUCGCCCUGUGCCAUGUGAUCCAGGGACUUUUAUUACAGUCACUCAGGGCUCUCAAUGCUGGGCCUGCACUGCUGGCUGGUACUGUGUGGAUGGGGAACUGCACUUGUGCCCAGCUGGUUUCUAUUGUCCUGAGGGAACGGGGUAUGACUGGAGGCCUUGUCCAGCAGGGACAUACAGUCCUGAUUUUGGCCUGAGUAGCAUCUCUCAGUGUAGAGAAUGUGAUGAAGGACACUACUGCUCUCUUCUGAACUCAACCUCAGUUUCGGGAAAAUGCUCAGCAGGAUAUUACUGCUCACAUGGGAAUAUCUCACCUCAACCUCUCACAAAAUCUGCAGGUGUGGGAGGACCCUGUCCCAUGGGUCACUUUUGUGCACAAGGGACCGCUAAACCUCAACCUUGCCCACAAGGCACUUUCAGCAACAAAACCAAACUGGUCAAAGUGGAGGAGUGUUUGCCGUGUCCCGCUGGUCAUUACUGUGACAUAUCUGGGCUGACUGCACCCAGUGGAGAAUGCUGGGAAGGUUUUUACUGCAUACAGGAAGCUAUACUCCCCAACAGCCCAAUCACAGAUCACACAGGAGGACCGUGUCCGACAGGUUAUUUUUGCUCUAGAGGCUCAGCCGCUCCUCAAGCCUGUCCAGAAGGAUCCAUCAGCAACAGAGAGAGGCAGGCCAGCUGCAGUUUGUGUCCUCAGGGUUACUACUGUCCUGCCAAUGGUUCUUUCACUGAGGGCAUUGCAUGUCCAGUGGGUCAUUAUUGCCCCACAGGCACACAUCAACAAAAUCAGCACCCUUGCCCAGCAGGGACCUUUAAUCCUUAUACAAGAAUGGCCACUGAUCAAGACUGUUUACCCUGCCCUCCAGGAUUUUUCUGCGAGUCUCCUGGACAGAGUGCUGUGUCUGGACCAUGUGUAGCUGGACACUUUUGUCUCUCAAGAGCCGUGUCCCCUGCACCUUUGGAUGGAGAAACAGGUGGCAAAUGUGCCCAGGGACACUAUUGUCCGGUAGGGUCCUCAUAUCCAGAACCAUGUCCACCGGGCUUUUAUAGCAACAGCAGUGGGAACACUAAGCAGUCUGACUGUUUGCCCUGCCCUGCAGGAUUUGCUUGUUCCAGCAGGGGGCUCUCCUCUCCUUCUCAUGUGUGUCAGAUGGGCUACUUCUGCCCACAGGGUCAAAAUUCCAGCCAGCCUGCCCAUUACAUCUGCUUACCUGGGCAUAUGUGUCCAUCUGGCAGCACCACACCUAUUCCCUGUCCCAUCGGGACUUAUCAGAAUUUAAAGGGGCAGGCAGAAUGUUCUGUCUGCCCGGCUGGAUUUUUUUGUGCCGGAUCUGACACAGCGAUAGGUGGAACCUCCACACCUGUGCCUUGUCCUGUGGGAUAUUACUGCCCUGAAGGUUCAGAGUCGGGAAUGAGCUUCCCCUGCCCUGUAGGCACUUUUAAUGGUCAGUUAGGCCUGUCCAAUGUGGAUCAGUGUGUCCCCUGCCCCCCUGGUAAAUACUGCAGUUCAUCUGGCUUGGACGCCCCAACGGGUAACUGCUCUCCAGGUUUUGUGUGUAAGCAGGGUGCAUCUCUACCGGAGCCAGUUGGAGACUCCAGCAGAUGCACAGCUGGCUUCUAUUGCCCGGCGGGUGCCAAGCAUAUGGAGCCCUGUCCUCCAGGCACAUUUGGUUCAGUAGAAGGAGCAUCAUCUGUACAGAUGUGUCAGCCGUGUACACCUGGGCAGUACUGUGCUGAAUCUGGCCUGAGUUCACCCUCUGGUCCCUGUAGUCCAGGAUAUUACUGUAUUCAAGGGUCACACUCCCCUACACCUCGAAAUUACAAUGAAUCUGAAUGUAAAGGACCUGGGACGAUUUGUUCAGUCGGGCAGGUUGAUCCUGAGAUUCGGUUCAUUGGGGAUGUCUGUCCUGCAGGCCACUACUGCCCUAUGGGAAGUACACAACCAAAGCCCUGCCCACAAGGUACCUUCCUGGGCCGAUGCGGUGCUAUGUCUGAGACAGACUGCUAUCCAUGUACCCCCGGAUUCUACUGUCCAGAUUGGGGUGAGAGCUCGGUGAAGCUCUGUCCUGAGGGUUGGUUCUGUCCGGCUGGUUCUGUAACAGGACAUCAUCCUGACCGCCAGUGUCCGCCUGGCCACGCUUGUCCGUAUGGCAGUGUCGAUCCCAUCAUAUGUCCGCCUGGUACUUAUCAGCCUCUUCCUAUCCAGCCUUACUGUCAACCAUGCCCACCAGGAUUUUACUGUUUGGAGGGUAGCUCUGCCCCUUUGCCCUGCCCUGCAGGUACUUUGGGUAUGGUUGAGAUGUUGGGUUCUCGGCUGGACUGCGCUGCAUGUCCACCAGGGUUUUACUGUAACGUCAGCGCAUUAACCCUCCCUUCAGGUCUCUGCUCAGCAGGUCAUUUUUGUUCGUCUGGUGCAACUGAGCCUGCCCCCGUCUCACAGAUGUAUGGAGAUAUCUGUCCAGCAGGAUACUACUGCCCUGAGCAGAGCAGCACUCCAUUACCUUGUCCUGUUGGGUUCAUUCUUACAAACAAAGGGGGCACUUCUUUAAAAGACUGCACUCCUUGCCCUCCAAGCAGAUAUUGCAUUGCACCGGGAUCCUCUCAACCAUCAGGGUUUUGCGCACCUGGCCACUAUUGCAUUGGCGGUGCGCAUACUGGAGCGCCUCAGGCUAUGCCCUCUCAGCAAACCUGCUUUUGUGACCUCAUACCAGUGCCCCACCUUCAGAAGUAUGAUCUUUGCAUAAAAAAGCACAACCUAACCUGCUCAUUUCACACUCGUGAAGAUGCCACUGAAAUCUGGACUGCUUUGGAUCUCAGGCCCGCGUUGGAUGAAGCCCAAUCUGAGCUUUAUAGGGAAUCAUCUCAGGAUAUCACAAAUGCAUGCGCUGGCUUCAAAGGAGACAUUUGUCCUAUAGGAUCAUAUUGUCCUGUGGGUUCGAUGCUACCUCAACCCUGUGAUGCUGGCUCUUAUUGCAAUCAGACUGGACUACACACUCCUGUAGGUCUAUGCUUUGCUGGAUUCUACUGUCCCACAGGCUCAUCAGAUCCAAACGCUGUGCUAUGUCCCUCUGGACACUACUGCCCCCGUGGCACACCAUUACCCCUGCCCUGCCCACAACGGACACUGAGAAGUUCUGCUGGGGGAUCUAGUGUUGAAGACUGCCAACAGUGUCCAGUUGGGUAUUUCUGUGAGCGUAUAGGCCUAAAAGAGCCAUCAGGUUUGUGUUCAGAGGGAUAUUACUGCCCUGGAGGACAAAACUCAUCCAGACCAGCAGAGUAUCUGUGUGGUGCGGGUCACUUCUGUGAAAGGGGAAGUGUAAUUGAGAGGCCAUGUUUCCCUGGAAGCAUUCAGGCCAGUGUAGGUCAGCACAGAUGUGAGCUGUGCCCUGCCCGCUUUUUCUGCCCUGAGAGUGGAAUGAUACACCCCACCCCAUGUCAGCCUGGCUUUUAUUGUUCAACUGGUUCAGCCAAUCAACAUCCAUGUCCACCAGGGACGUAUGGAAACCAGUCUGAAUUGGCAGAAUCUUCUGAAUGCUCUCUGUGUGACCCUGGAGCCUUUUGUAUGGGGCCAGGAAAUAACUUUCCAUCUGGGCCUUGCAGUGCAGGAUUCUUGUGUUUUGGAGGGGCCUCGGUUCCAUCACCUACCGAUAAUAAAACUGGAAUGACGUGCCCGUCUGGUUUUUAUUGUCCUGCUGGUAGUUUCGCACCUAUACCUUGUCCCAAGGGCACAUUUAGCAGUCAGAUUCAACUAUCAGAGCUCGGUCAGUGCCAAAACUGUACACCAGGGUUUUAUUGCUCAGAGCCAGGCCUGAGAGCAGUCAGUGGACCCUGCUUGCCAGGGUUUUAUUGCAUUGAGGGUUCUCCAACUGCUGCUCCUGGUUCGGCCGUGUUUGGAGAUGUUUGCCCUCCAGGUCACUAUUGUGAGAUUGCGAGCCCUGUGCCAACUCCUUGUGCAUUGGGCAGCCAGCGUUCUGAUACUGGGGGAAAGGGUGCAGAGGACUGCUUGCCUUGCCCUGCAGGGCAGUUCCAGGAUCAGAGAGGGCAAAGGGAAUGUAAACCUUGUCCCCCUGGGUUUCACUGCACCAACAUCACUGGGGUCAGCACACCUCUCAUCUGCCCCGAAGGCUUCUACUGCCCCAAUGAGACUCAGGCUGGACACCCAGUUCCAUGUCCCAAAGGAACAUACAGUGAUUUUGUAGGCCUUGUGUCAGCAGAGCAGUGUCUGGUGUGUCCCAUGGGCUAUUUUUGUGGUUCAGAUGGACUUUCUGAGCCUUCUGGGCCUUGCGCCCCUGGAUUUAUCUGUUUUAUCAAGGCCACAGUUCCCAACCCCAAUGACAACAGCACUGGUACUCUGUGUCCUCCGGGUGCAUACUGCUUACUGGGAAUAAGAGCAGGUGAAUGUUCUGCAGGCUAUUACUGUGACUGGGGCUCCAGCAGCUCAGAGCAGAGACUCUGUCCUGCUGGCUUUUAUUGCCCCACAGGCACCCCAAAGCCCCUGGCCUGCACUUCAGGCACUUUCAGCUCAGUCAUGGGCAACAGCCACAGAGAAAACUGUGAGUUAUGUCCUGUAGGCUUCUACUGUCAGGGAGAAGGAGUGUCAGACCCUCUUCCCUGUCCACCAGGAUAUUUUUGCCCCUCAGGUACAGCACAGGGCACUCAGUUCCCCUGCCCUCCAGGAACAGUGCAGCCCCGGUCUGGGGCAGCCAGUAUAGAUGAAUGUUUACCAUGUCCUUCAGGCAAGUUCUGCGCUCGUCAUGGUCUCUCAGAGCCCACAGGGAGUUGCCAGGAUGGAUAUCACUGCCCUUCAGGUGCCACCAGUCCAAACGGCACUGGAAACAUGAUUACAUCUACAGGCAACAGCAUUUGCCCGGCUGGUCAUUAUUGCCCGACUGGUAUCGUUACUCCCCUCCCAUGUCCUGCUGGAACAUUCUCCAAUGCCCUGGGGUUGAGCAUGGCGAAGCAGUGCCAGCCGUGUCCUCCGGGGUUUUCCUGUGAGGAGCCUGCAAUGGUCCAUCUCUCAGAGGCAUCUCUCUGUGAUGCUGGAUAUGUGUGUAUCAAUGGCAGUCGUAGUACUAGACCAGUAGAUGGACUACAAGGUUAUAUCUGCCCCAGCGGACACAGCUGCCCCAUUGGUUCCCCACUUGAAGUGCCAUGUGAACCUGGGACAUACAGUGCUGCUCCUGGGGCUACCCACUGUCUCAUAUGCCCAGCUGGUACAAUGUGCCCCUCUCCUGGCACAAAAGAGCCCUUGCCAUGUCCUAUAGGUCAUUUUUGUCCUACUGGCACUGCUAUGGCUGCGCCCUGUCCCGUUGGCACACUCGGUCAAGUUACCAGGGCUCAGUCCGAUGCAGCCUGUGUGCCAUGUCCUACCGGCCUCUACUGCAGUUCACCUGGUUUAUCUCAACCGCAAGGCCAAUGCCAGCAGGGUUAUUUCUGCCAAGGAGGUUCUGCGUAUCCUGCACCCUUGAUUUCGACUGGGUACCUUAGGAAUGGGCCCUGCCCACGGGGUCACUUUUGCCCUACUGGAACCCUGACACCUAUUCCCUGCCCAGUAGGCAGCAUUCGUAACCUCACUGGGGGAUACUCCAUAGAAAGCUGUCUUCCCUGUCCAGCAGGGCACUUUUGUGCCAGCGAGGGUCUGGAUUCUCCAACUGGCCCCUGUGCCGCAGGCUUCUACUGCCCUGUCGACUUCUCCUCAACCACCCCACAUGCAUUCCUCUGCCCCAAGGGUCAUUAUUGUCCUUUGGGCUCACCUCUGGCCUUGCCCUGCCCCACGGGACAGUACCAGCCUAAUCCAGGCUCUGACACGUGCGUCCCCUGCCGUCCAGGCUUUUAUUGCGAGGAGGCAAUUAUCGGAGACCCUCAUCCAUGCCCAUCACACUCCUACUGCCCUGCAGCCACCAUGAUUCCCCAACCCUGUCCGAAUGGCACAUACACCCCUCCUGAGGCAAGGGGUCUGCAGGAUGAAAGAGAGUGCUUGCCCUGCCCACCAGGACGAUUCUGCAGGGCCGGCCAGGUCAAAGGUCUGUGUGCUGCUGGAUUUUUGUGCAUCUCUGGUAGUUCAGAGUUCACCCCGCAGGGCUCUGAUCAGCUCAGUGGGGAUCACUGUGAAUGGGGGACGCCGUGUGCUGGACCCUGUCCUGCUGGAUUUUAUUGUCCUGAGGGUACAGAAAAGCCCCUACCUUGCCCUGCUAAUACUGUAAGACAGACCCCUGGAGCAAGUGCUGUACAUGACUGUCUGGCCUGUCCUCCAGCACACUGGUGCAAAGAGGGUGAUUCGAUCCUGCACAUGUGUCCACCAGGCUAUUACUGUGAUGGCAUAGCUGAUUAUGAGUCAAAGGGAAGGCCGGGGCCCAAAGAAUGCCCCUUAUUCACCUACAGACCUACACCUGGGGCGCUAAGCAAAGGGGACUGUCUCAUCUGUCCACCUGGAACCUUUUGUAACACCACAGGGCUUACUAACUUUUCAAGCUUCCUGUGCCCUCCGGGUCACUGGUGUAGUGGGACAGGUUUCCCAGUGCUUUGCCCUGCAGGCACCUUCAGGGCACAGCCAGGGGCAGCUUCUGCCAGCCAGUGUGAUCUUUGCCCUCCUGGUACCCACUGCCCAGACCCUCGCGUCACAGGCCGGCCUAAUACAGCAGGCAUCCCUUGCCGAGCUUCUUACGAAUGUCCUAUAGGUUCAGUGAUGGAGAUUCCCUGUCGAGCUGGCUCAUACUGCAGAGCUCAAACUGGUGUGCCCCCGCCAUGCCCUGCAGGUUACUACUGUCCUGAAAGAUCUCACACCUACAACUCACCUCAGCAAGUAUGUCAUUUUCCAUAUUACUGUCCAGCCAACAGCUCUGCUAUGCUGACUUGUGCUGAUGGCUGGAUGCCAUUGAACACCAGUGGGUUAAGGACAUCUCAGGAGAGCAGUUGUGUGAUCUGUGUCGCCGGCACCUACCGACCCAGCCUGUCCUCGCACCUUCACUGUCUCCUUUGCCCUCCAGGAUAUCACUGCCCACCAGGCUCACCUCAUUAUAGUGGCCAGUCAUGUCCAUUGGGGUACGUUUGUCCGCAAGGCACAUCAGAUCCUAUUCCAUGUCCACCUGGCUCAUAUGGAAACCACACUGGUGCUGAAUCACUGCAGGAUUGUCACAGAUGCCCACCGGGCACCUACAAUCACCUGUAUGGCCAGAGAGCCUGUUUUCCCUGCGGGAGCUCAUCCACUUCGGCUGCAGGGGCGUCCUCUUGCACCUGCAUUGGCAAGAACCGUGCGUUUCAGUACUCGGAUGGGUCAUGCUUGUGUAAAACAGGAUUUGUUUUCUAUAAUGAACUGGACUUCAAAAUCUCCACCGCGGACAGUGAGUUUAACUGUCAGCCUGAGGUGAAGAAGCGCUGUUGGGCUGGGCAAGUGAGAUUGGCCUCUUCUUCGGACUGUGUUGUGCCAUCUACCCACUCUUGUAACGUGACAUGCGGACCUCAGGGUGGGAGUCUAGAUGUUGGGAUGGGCAUUUGUCAUUGUGAGAGGUAUGUGUCUGUGGAGGAGCUAUGUGACUCCUCAUGUCUGUCUACACUGCCUGUGCUGUCGGCCAGGCUGCUUACUGAUGGACAGCUGCUGUUGAGAAUCAAAGCUUCAGAUGAAAGCAGGACCUGGAGCAAGAAUAUGGUAAAUGUACUAGGACCUGACACCCACGUCAAGAACAUUGGCAGGAUCCACUUCGUCCAGUUCGCUCCCGAUGGAGUAUUUGGUUGGAUUUUAAAAGAUCCUGAUCUCAUUGAGUCUAUACUGUCAGAAACAGUUGAAAUUCUGGAGAGAGAUGUUAGGAGGAAAAGAAAUGUUGAUCAAAAUGAGAUUUCCAAUCAUCUUCCACGAAUUCCAAAUCCUAUAGCCUGUCUGUCUCCGAAUGACAUGCUCAUCUUUCAACUCACUAUCAACCACACUGAUCGCCGCCACAGCCACUUUCCAGUGUACCUGAAGGAUCAUCUGUUCAGCAGCAACCCUGGUUGGGACUUUGGUGCCUUCAGACGUCUAGAGCAUCUCCUCAAACACACACAGCUAAACUUCAGCAAAUUUGCACAUGUGUUCAUGGAACCUGGCAAGUAUGUGUUUGUGGAUAAUGCAGUGACAGACUGGAGUCUUAUAGUGGUCGUGAGUGAACCAGGCUCGGAGUGCAAUCCAUCCACAGUUGCGUUUCAGCCUGCGACCCCCUCACAGCUUGUGCGACACGGCAUUGUAAAACAACACAGCUUAAACCUGCUUCCAGACUGGGGCAUCAUCACAGGGGUUUUAUCUCUUCUGAUGUUGCUAAUUAUAGUGUUGACAACUUCUGCUCUCGUCCUGAGGCCUAAUCGAGCAAACCUCAUAGCUCAGGGGAGGCCGAAACCCAAGUGGCGCAGCUUGGGUGAACCGAGUGUUCCUAUUGAAUAUGUUUAUAAUACAGACUGUGUGGACGGCUCUGAGCCCUUAGGUCUUAGAGGAGUGGGAGAGGGAGCUGAAUCAGAGGAACCUGCUGUGUGCAAAGGAGUUUUUAGAAAUACACUGAUGGAACUUGAGGAGUUCAAUGUGAAAACGUUGUACGACAAACUUGAAGAUCAGAACUUACAUCUGGCGUCCCAGCUGGCCAAGCAUCGUAAAGACACGCAAGACUUCUACAGGAACAUGUGCCAGCACGUUGAUGCUCUGAGGGACACACUAGAAAAUAUGGAACCCUCAAAGAUGAACCAGCUUAAAAAAAUGCUAGACAAUGAAAUGCUGGCGAGAAAAGAAACUACUCAUGCAGAGCCGUGGAUGGGUCUGAUGGGAGAAGUGCUGAAGUCUUUAGAGGCAGUGAUGUGCAGGAUGAAUGCAGAUGUCAGGCAGCAACAAGACACCGAAGCUACAAACAGCCACAGAGAAAGUGAACGUCACACUGGAUUCACUCAAUUUGCAGACAUGACAGAACUCAAAGUGAGGACGGACACAGAAGCAGAUUCCUCCGAUCAAUGCUGUCGUGCAUCAGGUCACCAGCAGAGCACCGUCCUUUGUGUUAGUGAAGAGGAAUUGGAAACAUUUGUCUCUCUGACACCUCUAUCCAGAACACUGCAGGAGAUCAAGGAGUCACUCCAGAUGCUUGUUCAUACACCGAAUCCAGAGGAAGUAAUGUUCAGUCAAGUGGAGAGUGAGCAGACACACUUGAUUCCUGUUGCCCUUGACAACCUUUCCCCAAAGCAUUUUGCAGUCUUCCUGUUCGGUUGCCAUGUUAUGCGUCUGCUGCACAGAGACUGUGCUUUCCCCUCUGUAAUGCUGCUAUUGGCCAAGACUGUGCCAGUCUCUCACUGUGAUCACCUACUGGACUACUGCAAUAAAGACUUUUAUUAUGACACAGCCAAUCAGAUUCUGUACAUCUUAGAGAAUAAGCUUCAAAACGCUGGCCAGUUCAUCUCUGUUAUACUGCACACUAUGGCCUAUAUAUCCUCAGGUUCAAAACCUCAUGACUUCAUGAAAACCUUUCAUUUGGCCAUAUCAGCACUAAGCAUGCAGCUUUUCCAUCACGUUUUCACCGAGGACCAGAGGAUGCAGUCGAUGGAUCAGGAGAACACAGAAAAGACAUUUGGGACAUUGGUUGAGGAAUUUGUCAGUGUUAAAAUACCUGCUGAAACUCAUUUUGCACAUCAUCUGCUGGCAGAGAGGCUUCAAGUGUAUAAAUACUUCAAGAUACAGCAGCUCUUGCUGGAAUUAAAACCAACAUUAACAGACAAAAAUGAAGAAGGACAUGCAAAAACCAGACUCAAAACUGACGUUCUGUGCGGAGAAAGAGAACUAAACAAACUCAAUGAAGUUCACCAGGAACUCUUAUCGAAGCUUCAGAGCUCACCAGAGAAGAAACCGUCUAAGAUAGACCAACCACUGCAGGAUCAAGAAAUGAUGGUGGAGCUUCAGACGUCUACAGUGGAACAGAGACUAAAAGAGAUGAAAGAAAGACUUUCUAAACUUAGCUCAAGCCAGAAACUGAGUUUUAGUGAAGACACGGCACCUCACACCAAAGUACAAGCUCGGGAAAACAGCAAGUCACCAAGCAAACACAAAGCAGACGGCAAUGGAUUAGAAAAACAGACAGCAACAAAGCAACAGCAGGGCAAACAUAUGGACAAUGAUGAGGAAAGGGGUAUGACUGCUUAAAAAUAAUAUAAUUAUCAAUUUGCAGUGCAAUCUGACAUACUGUUGACCUUGAAUACAUUUGCAGACAUGCAGUUUGUCUAUAACACUAAAUGUGAGCAUUCUGCAUGGCCAAGGGUAAUAAUGGGGUGACAUUAAGGGUCCCAGGCAACAUUUUACGUUAGGCCAAGCAUUCAGUAUUUGGUUUCAAACAUGCAUGGUGCAUAAAUGUCUUUUUAAAUUAUUUUUAUUAAUUUUGAAACAACACACUGUAUUUAAAAUUUGUUUCCCUAAAAAAUGUUGCUCGUUAAACUCUAUGCGUUGAGCAUAAGUAUAUCUGACAUGCUUUAUAUUUACUUCAUGCUCUGAUGAUCUGUAAACUUCAGAGUUUAUUCAAGCCCAUGCACAGAGCAGCUUUACAUUCGUAAAUUAAACAGACUGUGUACACACUGGGGAGGAGUUAUGGAUAUUAUGACCAUCUAUCAGUCCUACAACUCAAUGUCCUCGGGCUGAUACGAUGAAGAAAGUUCCAUUGGCUGCGUGCCGUCUGCCUCUAUCUCUUAGAUUAAACCAACCUUGUGUCUGUGCAGCCCAUAUGCAGGGUUAAUCUAUUCACUUAACAUACCUGUCAGCCAUAGUGUACUGAAGCUGAACUAGGUACAGUUUGAAAUGCACGGUUCACAUCUGAAUGCAGACCUUGUUUUGCUGGUGUUUGGCUUGCAGCCUGCUAUGCAAUAUAGACGUUUUACAUUAAAAUUCAUCUACUGUCUGAUUUAACAAAAACGUGGAUACAAAAAUAUUUGUUAUUUAAAGUAAGUUACCUUGUUGCCUUAAAAUUUUG